UCCUCCUUCGAUAUCACCUAGUGACCGUUAUUGUGCUGAGGGCGAUUGGUGUCGACUGUCGCGCUCUGUGUCGGACACGAACUCGUAUUUGCUGCUGUUUAGGUUAAUUGGAUCGGAAGGUUUCGUUACCAUGGAGGACAUGGAGGUACUGACGAGGGAGGCAAUCACCACACUGACAGGGACCACAAAAGCUUACAAUGAGAAGCUGUCCGACAUUAGCGAGAGCAUGGCGAAGCUGGAGGAAGACAAAGCGGACAAGGGGGAGGUUGACAAACACGAGAAGCACACCCUAGACGGCACCUGUCGGUGUAGGAUAUUCAUGGAUCUUAUUAAGGAACAAGACCGCCAGGACAAGCUUGACCAACUCCACAUCGACAUCCUGGAGGCCAACAAAGACCUGAUGACGUCACUAUCACGUGACGCCAAGGUCUACAGAAAAAAAUAUGGAGAACUGAGAGAGGAACGCGGCAAGGCCUUGCAAUCGGAAGAAGCGACACAAAGGAACGUUCUGAGAUGUCCGUCUAUCGCAUUUGACCGAGAGACAGGCCAUAAGGAUGUCACUUUCACAGAAGAGGGCGCUCUUCACAACCAGACAACCAAGGACCCGAUCAACCGUCAUGACAGGGAACUGUCGAAUGUUACGGGCGCCGUCGGCAACAGAUGCUUCUUCAAAACCGACAUCGGCUACUUUGGGGUGAAAGCUGACGUGCAGAUCGUCCGCACAGCGAAAAUUGACAAAGCUCGUCUCUACGACAUCUUUGACGUCUACAUCGGCGAACAGGACGUCAUCGACAAUCUCAGAGACCCUGGCGUUUUGUACCAACAUAACAUGUUCGGCGUCAACGUCUGGUACAGCAACAUGCGUGAGGAGGUCAUCAUCGACAUCCUGAGCAGCUCAAAACAUCUGGAUAGAUACACUCUUCCCAAGAAAGUCAAACAUGGCGGCCGCUUUCAGAUCGAACUCGGUUUCCUGGUAGACAUGCAAAGGGCGACAAUUCAUGUCCUGGAUGGUCAGACGCGGAAGGUGAUUGGCUCAGCGAGGAAGCUUAACACUACUGAACCAAUGUGGCCGGCUGUUCAGAUCCACCACUGCUACUAUGAGCCACAGUAUUUCGACACAAAUAUAACAUUUGCUCGCGUAUUUGAUGGCGUUAAAUCAGACAAUGGAUGGAGGAAAUAUUUGAUGUCGUUGGUCAAAGAACGUGAGCAUGAACUCAUCCAAAUAUUGUAGAACACGAGAACGUGAUUGUAUUGUGUGUGUCCUUUAUUAGCCCCCACUCCUAUGUGUACAUUAGAAUACUACUUGUCAUUAUGUGAUACGUCAUGCUGUCAUGAUUUAAUUGUAAAGCAACUAUGAUGAUAAGUCGUGAUGAUGUCAUACUUUGGAAAAAGAACUAUCAUUUUAUAUAUUGAAGUUGUCAUGAUAAUUCGUGAUGACAUGCUUUGUAAAGGAACUGUCAUGCUGUAUAUUGAAGCUGUCAUGCUAAAUCGGGAUGUCAUGCUUUGUAAAGGAACUGUCAUGCUGUAUAUUUAAGCUGUCAUGCUAAUUCGGGAUGUCAUGCUUUGUAAAGGAACUGUCAUGCUAUAUAUUGAAGCUGCCAUGCUAAUUCGUGACGUCAUAAUUUGUAAAGGAUCUGUCAUGAUAUAUAUAUUGAAGCUGUCAUGCUAAGUCGUUAUGCCAUGCUAUGUUAAAGAACUGUCAUGCUAUAUAUUGAAGACCAUGCUAAUUCGUGACGUCAUGCUUUGUAAAGGAACUGGCAUGCUAUAUAUUAAAGCUGUCAUGCUAAUUCGUGACGUCAUACUUUGUAAAGGAACUGUCAUGAUAUAUAUAUUGAAGCUGUCAUGCUAAUUCUUGACGUCAUGCUUUGUAAAGGAACUGUCAUGCUAUUUAUUGAAGCUGUCAUGCUAAGUCGUUAUGCCAUGCUUUGUAAAGGAACUGUCAUGCUAUAUAUUAAAGCUGUCAUGCUAAUUCGUGAUGUCAUGCUUUGUAAAGGAACUGUCAUGCUAUAUAUUGAAGACCAUGCUAUAUAUUAAAGCUGUCAUGCUAAUUCGUGAUGUCAUGCUUUGUAAAGCAACUAUCAUGCUCUAUAAAGAAGCUGUCAUGUUAAUUUGUGAUGAUGUCAUCCUUUGUGAAGAAACGAGCUGUGCUGUGAAAAGUUGAAAUACAAACAUGUCUGUGUGCCUUACAUUACAACUUGUAAUUAUCUAGAAACUAUUCUUACAUGGAUGCAUCACGCAGAGACACAUGCUUUUUUUCUGAAAACAUAUACAUUAAUUACGCCGGAUGUCUGUUGCCACAUCACCCACUUCCA